GGGCUCCAGCACUGCCCGCGUGUCGCCAGGGCCACCCCGAGCCCGGCGGCGGCGCCCGCCCGGUACCUUUCCUCGCCUGCAGCAGGAGGUCGAUGCCCUCCUGGUAACACACCAGCGACUCCUGGAACCGGGACGCCUCGUCCAGCUGCACCGCCCGCUUCAGCGUUUCCGCCCCGGCCCGCUCCAGCGCGGUGCUGGGGAACAGCAUGGAGAGGAUGGCGUCCCCGGUGUGGGUUCGUUGUCUUUUUACCAGGUCCAAUAUUCCAGACUCGGUAUUUCAGCCACGGCCUGAAGAUCAUGAAAAGUAUGGAGGUAACCCUGAGGAGCCCCACAAAAUCCAUGUUAUCACCAGAAUAAAAAGUGUCAUUGGUCGCCCAUAUUGGGAAAAGAAGAUAAUCCGUGAUCUGGGGCUGGAUAAAGCACAUCAGCCAAGACUGCACAAAAAUAUCCCUUCUGUGAAUUCCAGACUGAAAGUUGUUAAACAUCUGAUAAGGAUUCAGCCACUGAAGCUCCCCCACGGGCUGCCAACAGAAGAGGAAUUGUCCAGCACCUUUCUGACAAGCAGAGGAGAGCUGAUCAUUAAAACGCGCCUGAAACCUGUGGAGCAGAAAAAAAUUAAGGCAUAAGGGGUGCUGGGUGGAUUUAGAUUUUAUAAAAUAAAUAUUUUAAAUCCCCA